AUGGAAAAGACUAAUAGCAAUAGCAGCAACAAUAAUAAUAGCAUCACUCAAAACGGUCACAAUAACAAUGUGACAAACAACGGUGGUGGUAACAGUAGCAACACCACGGAGAAAUCAAGCAAUCAAUCGGAUCAGUUAUCUGGUGGUUGGGAACGUGUUUCCGAAGAACUUUCCGACUCACAGUCAAACGGAAGUAUGAAUUCAUCGGGUGAAGUGCCAUUUUGGCGAGAUCAGGAAGAAAUUGUCAUUACCGGCAUUUCUGGUCGUUUUCCACGCUGUGAAAAUGUUCAAGAAUUCGGUGACUUACUGUUGGCUGGUGAAGAUCUUGUCACCGAAGAUAGUUUGCGUUGGCCACCCGGAGUAUUCGAUUUGCCUAAGCGCCAUGGAAAAUUGAAAGAUUUAAAAAAAUUUGAUGCGCAAUAUUUUGGAGUAACGCCAAAGCAGGCUAAUUAUUUGGAUCCUCAAGUACGAAAAUUAUUGGAAGUAACUCUGGAAGCGAUCAUCGAUGCUGGUUUAAAUCCAACUGAACUCCGUGGUUCAAGGACAGGUGUCUUUGUGGGUUGUUCAGCUUCCGAAACUGGUGGAGUAUUAACUCAAGAUCCGGAAACCGUUACUGGAUAUACAUUGACAGGAUGCGUGCGCUCAAUGUUCAGCAAUCGGCUUAGUUUUACAUUCGACUUGAGAGGACCGUCUUUCUCCGUGGAUACGGCUUGCUCUUCAUCUUUAUGUGCGCUACAGCUAGCUGUUGACGCGAUACGACAGGAACAAUGUGAUGCGGCAAUUGUAGCUGGCGCUCAUCUGACUUUAACACCUACAGCAGCUUUACAGUUCCUCCGGCUUGGCAUGCUUUCCGAUAAAGGAAGCUGCCGUUCGUUCGAUGCUUCGGGUGAUGGAUAUUGCCGCACGGAAGCUAUUGCUGCAAUAUUACUUCAGAGGCAAUCGGCAGCCAGAAGAAUUUAUGCCACUGUUGUUCAUGCAAAAAGUAAUACUGACGGUUACAAAGAGCAGGGCAUUACAUUCCCAUCAGGUGAACGGCAAGCAGCAUUACUAGAAGAAGUAUAUCGUGAAGCUGGUGUUGAUCCUAAUACAGUGACUUACGUGGAAAGUCAUGGGACGGGUACAAAAGUUGGUGACCCUCAAGAAGCAAACGCAAUAUGUCAAGUUUUUUGCCAGAAUCGGAAUUCUGCACUUCUUAUCGGUUCAGUUAAAUCAAACAUGGGUCAUGCAGAGCCAGCAUCUGGUCUAUGUUCAAUUGCAAAAGUUCUAAUAGCAAUGGAGCGUGGCUUCAUACCACCAAACUUGCAUUAUAAUGAGCCUAAUCCAUAUAUUCCUGGCCUUACUGAUGGUCGAUUGCAGGUCGUUACCGAAAAGACGCCAUUUCAACGUGGUUUAGUUGGUAUCAAUUCGUUUGGCUUUGGUGGUAGUAACACUCACAUUAUACUUCGGCCAGCAAAUCAUUCAGAGCGUAAACCGACACCAACAACGUUUAUGAAAAUCAUUCCAUAUUCUGGAAGAACAGCAGAAGCAGUAAAUAAUAUUCUCGACUGUGUCUUAGCCCAUCCAGAAAAUGCUUACUUGCAACAACUACUGGCAAAUCAGGCUAAUCUGCCAGCCAAAGAUACACCGUAUCGGGGUUAUGUGAUUAUCAAUCGUGAUAAAAUCCCUCAUCCACCAGAUGCCAAAAAAGAUCCAGAAUUGCCACCUCUUCGAGAUGUACAAAAAAUAAUGAUCACUGAGCCGAAACAAAUUUAUUUCAUUUAUUCAGGUAUGGGUAGUCAAUGGGCCGGUAUGGUCAGGCAGCUUAUGUCAAUACCUGCUUUUGAUGAAUCAUUGAGAAGUUCCAGCGAUGCUGUCGUUGAUUUUGGUGUCAAUGUUUACGAGAUGUUACAGAGUGAUGACCCAAGCUUUUAUAAAAAUAAUACAUUGAACUGUAUGCUCGCAAUUACUGCCAUACAGAUUGCUUUGACAGAUGUACUCUUUCUGCUGGGUGUUAUGCCAGACGGAAUAAUUGGACAUUCCACAGGUGAAAUGUGUUGUGGGUAUGCUGAUGGUGGACUUACACGUGAACAAACGAUGCAAUUGGCUUAUCACCGUGGUCAUACAAUAAUGAACGCAAAUAUCAAAGGUGGUAUGGCUGCCGUAGGAUUGUCAUGGGAAGAGGCCGGAAAACGAUGUCCAGAAGGUGUUAUUCCAGCCUGUCAUAAUGCUGCUGAUUCAGUAACAAUUUCUGGUGACGCUGAAAAAAUUAAGGAAUUUGUUGAAGAGUUGAAAAAAGAAGAUAUAUUUGGAAAACUUGUCGAUUCAUCAGGAAUUCCGUUCCAUUCACCAGCUAUGCUUAAGGUCAAAGAUAAAAUGCUUAAAGCAAUGCGUACAAGCGUACCAAAUCCAAAACCGCGAUCCUCGCGCUGGAUUUCAACCUCAAUUCCAGAAAGUAAUUGGGAAAAUGAACUGGCGCAGAUGUGUUCAGCUGAUUAUCACACUAAUAAUGCUGUGAGCCCAGUGCUUUUCUAUGAAGCACUUCAAAAAAUACCAGCAAAUGCAGUAACAAUUGAAAUUGCACCGCACUGCUUAAUGCAUUCAAUUCUUCGUCGUUCGCUGCAAAAAACAUGCACCAAUGUGGGUUUAAUAAAUAUGAAAGAAAAAGAUCGCGAAUUGGAAUCAUUUUUACAGGCUUUGGGAAAGAUUUACCAGACAGGAAUAACCAUCCAUAUCGAGGCCUUGUAUCCAGCUAUACAGUAUCCCGUACCGAUUGGUACACCCAUGAUAUCUCCUAUGUGGCGCUGGGAUCACAGUCAGGAUUGGCCAGUUGUCGACGGCAAAACGCUUUCAGCUGCAGGUGGUAGACAACUGCCAGCAUCAUACUGUUAUACGGUUGAUCCGUUUUCAUCUGACUCAAAGGAAACAUUUUUGCUUGAUCACAUCAUUGAUGGUCGUGUACUAUAUCCUUUCACUGGACAUAUGGUGCUGGCAUGGAAGACUAUAGCGAAAUUGAAUGGUGUGGAUUUCCUGAAGACACCUGUCAUUCUGGAAGAAAUCCGAGUAUACAGUGCAACAAUUGUGACCAAACCAAUUCGUUUGGAUGUCAUUGUAACACCAGGAAAUGGAUACUUUGAAAUUUUGGAUGGUGAUCAGCUAGCAGCAUCUGGUUAUAUCCGUAUUGUUGAUGAAGAUGUGCCAUUUUACUACAAAAGUAUUCAAGAAAUUCAGACCUCUGAAAUUGCAGAACGGAUCGAAUUAGAUACAGAAGAUGCUUAUAAGGAAUUUCUACUUCGUGGAUAUGAAUAUGGUCAAGCAUUUCGUGGAAUAUAUCGAGCAUGCAACAGUGGAGAACGUGGAAUGCUCUACUGGACUGGCAAUUGGGUAACAUUUCUGGAUUCACUUUUACAAACAGCUUUGCUCGCUGAACGGGCCGAUAGUCUUCGAUUACCAACUCGAGUGCGUUAUUUGCGAAUUGAUCCGGUUAAACAUAUGGAACAUAUCCAAGAAAGAGAUGGUAUCCAAGUAAUUGAGUUGCGUAAUGAUGUAGCAACUAAUGGUUGCAUUGCCGGUGGUGUUGAAUGCUGUGAUCUGACGGCACAUACGGUCGCUCGUCGAUUACAGUCUUCCGGACAGCUUUAUUAUGAGAAAAUUUAUUUCACCAAACAUUUCGACAUGAAAGCUUUCGAUGAAUUCCCGCAGAUUCGUGAAGAACUGAAUGCUUAUCGAGAUUUCCUUCGAUCAUUGCUGGCCAAUGGUUUGGCAAAAUGGGAGGUUAAUGGCUGUUUGAAGGAAUUAACAAAUGGUGCGCUCCUUUCGGAUGCUGUUCGUAAAUUUACAAAGUUCAUGAAUCCAGUUAGUGAAACGGAACACAAACGAUGGCUCGAUGAUUCGCAAUCACCAGUUGCAACAGUUUUUGAUGAAAUUUUCGCCAUCGAAAUUGGUAACAAUCCCAAAGAUUUUGAAAAUAAAGUAGCAGAAAAAAUGCGAAGUAUGUUGAAAAUCUUUAACGUAGAUCGAUUGUGGAGCGCCGCUAUUGUUCAUGACAGGAUUUUGAAAACAAUUCAGGAUACAUGCAUCGAGAAUUCAACCGGACAUAAUUGCAAAGCAUGUGCACUGGAAUUCAAUUCAACCGAACAGCUCAAAUUUUGUGUUGACGCAGUAAACUCACAUCCGCUUUUGGAAGUUGAAUGGUUGUGUGUUGGACCCAAAGUGGAUGAUAUGGAUGAAAGCACCUUGGUACAACUUGGUGUUAAAAAAGUAACAACUGUUUUAGAUGAAAAACAGUUCGUGCCAUCUGCUGAAAUCAAAAAUUGUGACAUAAUAAUUUUGGACAAAAUACUAUCACAGAAAAAAGACGUAGUGCGGUACCUGUCGAGGUGCAAAGAAAUGUUACGUGAUGAUGGCUUCAUCAUUUUGGUCGAGACGACAUCUGACUAUGAAAUUGCUCUCGCAAUUCAAGGUCUUAAUGCAGAAACGAUAAGUAUCAGUGAUUCUGGACGUAUCUACGGUGCUUAUUUUACACAUGAUCAGCUACUGAAGUUAUUUGAGGAAUGCGACUUCCGGCUCUGUAAUUAUCAGAGUGAUCCUUCAAUGAUGACCACAAUGUAUGCAAUUCGAAAAAUUCCAUCGCAACCUAGAGAGCCAAUAGUGAUUGAUGUGGAUGACAUUAAAGAAUUUACCUGGAUUGAACCACUGCAAAAAGCAAUUGAAGAACGUUUAAACGAGCCAGAUUACAAGACCAUUUGGCUUACCAGUACAACAGUACGCAACAACGGUUUACUUGGACUUGCUCUUUGCUUCAAUGAAGAAAAUCUGAAAUCAAAUCGUUUUCGGACUUUGAUUGAUAUGAGUGUCAAGAAGGAAAAUCGCACUGGUCCAGCACAAAUUGGGAUGGAACACGAAUCCGUCAAACAGUUGGUGAAACUUGAUCUCCAUGCUAACAAUUAUCGUGAUGGUGUAUGGGGCUCUAUGCGUCAUCUUGUUGUUAAAGAUGAUGAAAUGCAUUUAUAUAAAGAUGUAGAACAUGCUUUCAUCAAUACUUUGAUACGUGGCGAUGUUAGUUCAUUGACAUGGUUUGAAUCGCCGAAUCAGUUCUUUGAAGAUACCUGUCAAAAAAAUCCUUCGCUUGAGCUAUGCAACGUCUAUUACUCAGCUAUUAAUUUCCGUGAUGUUAUGCUCGCAUAUGGACGACUUCCACCGGAUGCUAUCCCAGGACAGUUCGCCGAUCGCGAGUGCUUAUUGGGUAUGGAAUUUUCGGGAAGACUGAAGGAUGGUACUCGUCUGAUGGGUAUACUGCCAGCGCAAGCUUUAGCGACCUCUGUAAUUGUUAAUCGUGAGUAUGCCUGGACCGUUCCGGACAACUGGUCACUAACGGACGCUGCAACUGUACCAGUUGUAUAUACCACUGCAUACUAUGCGCUUGUGAUGCGUGGCCGUAUCAGACGGGGUGACAAGGUUUUAAUUCAUGGAGGUUCGGGAGGUGUUGGUCAAGCUGCAAUUUCGGUUGCCUUAUCACGUGGCUGUGAAGUUUUUACUACAGUCGGAAAUGCUGAAAAGAAAGCAUUCUUACAGAAACGUUUCCCGCAGCUAAAAGAUAGACACUUCGCGAAUUCACGAAACUCCGAUUUUGAACUUCAUAUCAGACACCAAACAAGGGGUCGCGGUGUUGAUGUUGUACUUAAUUCAUUAGCUCAACAUAUGUUGCAGGCUUCUAUUCGAUGUCUUGCUCAAAACGGACGAUUCUUAGAAAUAGGUAAAGUAGACUUAUCGCAAAAUUCACCGCUUGGUAUGGCGGUGUUCCUCAAAAAUAUCACUUUCCAUGGUAUACUUCUGGAUGCAGUGAUGGAUCCGAGCGUCGGGAAGAAAGAAGAUUGGCAGGAAGUAGCACGCUUAGUGCAGGAUGGAAUUAAAAGCGGAAUUGUACAGCCGCUUUCGUACACCACAUUUUCAAGUGAAAAAGCUGAGGAAGCGUUCCGCUUCAUGUCGUCUGGCAAACACAUCGGAAAGGUUUUAAUGGAAAUUCGACGAGAGGAACCAGAAAGAGUGUGUGUACCAUCGCCAAUUAAGGUACGAGCGAUAUGUCGAACAUUGUGUCACCCAAAUCAUGUUUACCUCAUUACUGGUGGCCUUGGUGGAUUUGGUUUGGAACUUUCACAGUGGCUUAUUAAUAGGGGUGCUAAAAAAUUAGUGCUAACUUCUCGAAUGGGAAUCCGAACAGGCUAUCAGGCUCGUUGCGUCCAUUUUUGGCGUCGAACGGGUAUUUCGGUUCUUGUUUCAACACUCAAUAUCGCUCAUCUAUCAGAUGCCCACGAACUGAUAUCACAGUGCAAAGCAUUAGGUCCAGUUGGCGGUGUCUUUCAUCUUGCUAUGGUAUUACGCGAUUGUUUAUUUGAAAAUCAAAAUGUACAAAAUUUCAAGGAUGCUGCUGAAGCAAAAUACUGGGGAACUCUGAAUCUAGAUGCUGCAACCAGAGAUGCAUGUGGUAAAGAACUUAGGUGGUUUGUCGCAUUUUCAUCAAUCACUUCGGGACGUGGAAAUGCUGGACAAACAAAUUAUGGUUGGUCCAACUGUACAAUGGAAAGGAUUAUUGAACAUCGUCGAGAAGAUGGUUUCCCGGGCAUUGCAAUUCAAUGGGGAGCUAUUGGUGAUGUAGGAGUUAUCCUGGAAAAUAUGGGUGAUAAUAACACUGUUGUUGGUGGUACUUUACCACAACGAAUGCCUUCUUGCUUGGCUGCUUUGGAUUUAUUCUUAUCCUGGAAUCAUCCUAUUGUUGCUAGUUACAUCAAGGCGGAUAUUGGUGCUAAAAAAGUGGGAAGUAGUGGGAAUCUGUGGCAAACAAUGGCACAUAUUUUGGGUGUGAAUGAUGCGGCGCAAUUGAAUCCAGAUGCUUACUUAGGUGAUUUGGGUCUUGAUUCACUUAUGGGCGUUGAAAUUAAGCAAGCUCUUGAACGAGACUAUGACAUCGUUUUGUCAAUGAAAGACAUUAGAACGCUAACGUUAAAUAAGCUUCAACAGUUGGUAGAUUCCGGUGGAACAACUUCAACGGUGUUACAAACAACUGAACUUGAAUUGAAAAAAGAAAGUGAGAAGGAAGCUGAACAAAAUACUGUUGAACAACUUGAAAGGCAAAUGAAUCAAUUAUUUAAGAUGAGGGUGGAUGUGAACGACCUUGAACCGAUGGAUCUUAUAAUAAAAUGUAAUAAAGUUGAAGCUGGGCCACCAACGUUCUUUGUGCAUUCAAUAGAAGGAAUUGCUACACCGUUGAAGAAAGUUAUGUCGAAGUGCAACUUUCCAGCAUAUUGCUUCCAGUCAACAAGAGAAGUACCACAAGACUCAAUUGAGAAAGUUGCGCAGAAAUAUAUAUUGGAAAUGAAAAAGAUACAACCGGAAGGACCAUAUCGAAUAAUUGGUUAUUCUUACGGUGCUUGCAUUGGUUUCGAAAUGGCAACAAUGCUCCAGGAAAGUGAUGGUGCCAAUUCCGUUGAAAGACUUAUACUACUUGAUGGAUCUCAUCUUUACAUGCAAACUUAUCGAAAUGUUUAUCGAAUGGCAUUUGGCGUGACCGGUGAUACGCUUGUCAACAAUCCGUUGUUUGAGUCUGAAAUUAUGUGUGCUAUGACGCUGCGUUUUGCAAAUGUUGAUUACAAAAAAUUCCGAGUUGAAUUAUUACAACAGCCAGGAUUUAAAGCACGAGUUCAGAAGGUUGUAGAUACGGUAAUGACAACAGGCCUCUUCAAAUCAGCUGAUACUAUUGAUUUCGCAUGCUGUGCAAUGCGUUCCAAGUUUGUCAUGGCUGAUAAGUAUAAACCAGAACGAAAAUUUAAAGGACUGAUAACUUUGAUAAGAGCAGAACAAGGAGCAGCGAGAGAGGAAGAUGUUGGAUCUGACUAUGGCAUUUCACAGGUAUCCGACGAGAACAAGGUAUACAUUGUGGAAGGUGAUCAUGACAGUUUUGUCCAAGGAAAAACUUCUGCAAAAACGGUGAACAUAAUCAAUGACUUGAUUGCAGAAGCAAAUAAGAAGGCUAAAAACGUAUAA